AUGGUGGCAAACGGAUUCAUUGUCCUGAUUAAUUUCAUGGACUGGUUCAGAAGAAGGAAGCUGUCCCCGACAGACCUCAUCUUGAUCUCUCUUGCCUUAUCCAGAGUCUUGCAGCAGGCACUAGCAAUUCUGGAUGCAAUUCUAUUUUCUUUGCUUAACAAUAAAUGGAGCAACGUACUAUUCCUGCUGACUGGCGUGUGGAUAUUCACGAAUGCUGUGAACCUUUGGUUUGCUGCCUGCCUCAGUGUUUUCUAUUUAGCAAAGAUUGCCAUCUUCUCCCACCCCGUCUUUCUCCAAUUCAAGCGACAAUUGUCUGGGCUGGUGCCGUGGCUGCUUCUGGGCUCCGUGGUCUUCUCUUCCAUCGUGACUAUUAUUGUUCUCACAAGCUGGAAAUAUGGCUUGUCUGGCUGCAGUCCCUUUAAAUCACUUCCAGGCAAUAGGAGCAAUGCAGAAAUGAAUAUGCUACAGGUGUGUAGGAAUGUCAUUGCUCUAAUUACUCCAUUUAAUUUUAUUCCCUUGAUGGUGUUUCUGUCCUCAUCCGUCUUGUUAAUAAGUUCUUUGUGGAUGCACGUGAGAAGAGUUCGAAACAAUGGAACUGGCAUCAGGGAUCUUAACACACAAGCGCACCUGAGUGCCAUCAAAGCUCUGGCUUCGUUUGCAGUUCUCUACCUCCUCAGUUUUGCUGUGCAUACUUCACAAUUAGUACUGACCUGGACCAACCAGCGCACUUUGGCAUCUCUGCUCUUUAAUGUGUCUGCUGUGUAUCCCUCUGGACAUGCCAUUAUCUUGAUAUUAAUUAAUCCCAAAUUGAAGCAGGCAUGGGUCAGGAUGAUGCAUCCCUUUAAAUGCUGUUUGAAUAAAGCACCAUCUUUAAAAUCUACCAAUUCAUCUUAG